AACCUCAACAAGUCAUCCCAUGAAAUAAUCCUUUUAUUAUUAUUAUUUUUCUCUUCUUCUAUUAACCUUCCUUAAAUUCAUUUCUUUUCAUGGCAUCCUUUACUACUUCUUCUUCUUCUUCUUCUUCUUGUAGCUUAAAUACUUCUAUAAAUUCUCAAUCCUCCUUUUUCUCAACGCAGUUCCUCAUGACUAAUCCUUCUUCUUCUUCAUUUUCUUCUUUCACUGAUCUUCUUUCUUCUGGUAAUAUUAAUUCUAAGGACAAUAAUAUGGACAAUAUUAAUGUUGGCUGGGGACUUUUUGACCAUGGCAAUGGUAUUGAUAUUCCAAAAUUUAAGUCAUUUCCUCCUCCUUCUUUACCUCUUUCUCCUCCUCCUGUUUCUCCUUCUUCUUAUUUUGCUAUUCCUCCUGCUGGUUUAAGCCCAACUGACUUCUUGGAUUCACCUGUUCUUUUUUCCACUUCUAAUGUUGUUCCAUCUCCAACUACUGGGACUUUUGCUGGUCAAACUUUCAACUGGAGGAGUAAUAUUUCCAACGAUAAUCAGAGAGGUUUUAAAGGGGAUGAGAAAACCUACUCUGAUUUUUCUUUCCAAACCCAAACAAGGCCUCUUCUUGCUUCUUCUUCUUCGUCUUCAUCAUUAUCAUCCUCUAUCUUUCAAUCUUCUUCAAGCAUCAUUUCUGGGGAUGAAUCGAUGAAAAAGCAACAAGAAGCCUGGAAUUUUAAGAAACCCAUAAAGCAAGCGGAUAGACCGUCAGAGAAAGGAGUAGUAAAGCAAGAAUUUACACCAGUGCAGAGUUUCUCUUCAGAAAUGGCUCCACUUCAGUCAAGCAUGCAAACUAAUGCGGUUGCUCCUCAACCUCAACCGAGUUACAAUCAUUACAGUCAACCAGCUUCAUAUAUGAGAGAACAGAGAAGGUCAGAUGAUGGGUACAAUUGGAGAAAAUAUGGACAGAAACAGGUAAAAGGAAGUGAAAAUCCGCGUAGCUAUUACAAGUGUACUUAUCCAAAUUGCCCAACAAAGAAAAAGGUUGAGAGAUCUUUGGAUGGACAGAUUACGGAAAUAGUCUAUAAAGGGAGUCAUAAUCAUCCCAAGCCUCAGGCUAGAUCAUCCUCCCAAUCGAUUCAACUUGCUGCAGGAGGCACUCAAGAAAUCUCAGAUCAAUCUUUUGCUCCAGUGGAAUCUGUCACCAUGCAGGAGGACUCUUCACUUUCGAUUGGAGACGAUGAAUUUGAUCAAAGUUCGCCAAUUAGUAAUUCAGGGGGAAACGAAGAUGAAAAUGAACCUGAAGCUAAAAGAUUCAAGGGACAGAAUGAGAAUGAGAGUAUUUUGGCCGCUGGUAGCAGGACUGUUAGAGAACCAAGAAUUGUGGUGCAAACUACAAGUGAUAUUGACAUACUUGACGAUGGGUAUAGGUGGAGGAAAUAUGGACAGAAAGUAGUCAAGGGAAAUCCCAAUCCAAGGAGCUACUACAAGUGUACAUCUAUCGGUUGUCCGGUUCGGAAACAUGUUGAACGGGCAUCGCAUGAUACAAGGGCUGUGAUCACCACUUAUGAAGGGAAGCACAACCAUGAUGUUCCAGCUGCUCGUGGCAGCGGCUAUGCUUCCAAUAGACUUCCAGUCAAUGCUAACAGCAGUAUGCCGAUUCCUAUAAGGCCCUCGGUCACAGCCAACACAAAUUACUCAAAUUCCCUUAACAGCACAAGAUCAUCAGGAAAUCAAGCACCAUUCACCCUGCAAAUGUUGCAGGGUACAGGGAAUAUUGGAUUCUCAAAUUUUGGAAAGCCAAGUGCAUCCUACAUGAAUCAAACACAGUACACAGAAAAUGUGUUCUCAGGGGCAAAGGAAGAGCCAAAGGAUGACUCAUUUCUCGACUCAUUCCUAUGCUGAAACGACUAACUCCAAAGUAGCAGUUAGGAUUCAGGGAAAAUUUGUUGUGGUAGAUUUGCUUGUAAUAGUGUAAUGUAGGUUAUAGUUGCAAUUUUUUCAUUUGUUUUGAGGCCUUUUGAAGCUCUAUAGAUUAAGCCUCAAUUUAUUACAGUACAGAAUAAUUCAACAGAAAUACAAUGAACACUUUUCUUAGCAA